AUGGAGAAGGCGCACCAGGAGCUAGCAGGAAUCUUUGGCGCUUUGGAUCGCCGUCGAUACGUCCGACAAUGGUUAGAGGAUGCCACCGGACACGAACGAGCACUGACGAUUCUUCAAGAGCAUCCGGAUCUUGCCUUGCAAUCGUUUGAUGGCGCGACACCGCUCUGUCAUUUCCUAUCAUCCAAGACAGCCGCAAACCUGGAGAUUAUCCAGGCGGUAUGUAGCACCAAUCCCAUAGCGAUGAUGAAUGCACGGGGCACAACUCCACUCCAUUAUGCUUGCAUAUCCGAACAUGUGUCCCAACAAGUGGUGGAAUAUAUCUAUCAAAAGAAUCCUUCUGCCAUCAUGACAAUCGAUCACAGAGGUAGAAGUCCGCCUGUGUACCUGUUUCUGGACCAGGAACGUCAAAGACCCAGGUCAAGUAUCAAACUGGAUACCUUGAAGAUGCUCAUGAACCUGCAUCCUUCUUGUGUCAAAGCAAGUAAUUCCGCCAUGUGCUUUGGAUCGCGGUCAUACAGCAUUGAUCUUUUGGCAUCGGCUCUCGUGGCCGAAUGUCCGGGCCAUCUGUACGACGCAAUUGUCCGGUACUAUCCAAAAGAACCACUACAAGACUUCAUGUUCGGCUCCAGUAGGAUUGGCGGGCACUGUCAAAUGGGAGUCCCAGAGGCGGAUGCCCUUUGUCAGAUUCUUCCGAGGCUGAAGGUGCUCAAGUGUCAACCUCAAAGAUGGUCUCGAGGUGCACUAGCGAUGCUCCUAGAUCAAUUGGCAAACGACAACCCUCGCAUGGAAACACUGGUCUUGACAUUGGCGCGCAGAGAGUUUGUUGACCAACCAGACACUGGCGAUUCGCUGACCGGGCUGAUUCAGAGAAGCGCUUCAUUGAAAGCAUUGACAUUAACAGCUGAUGUGGAGUUUUUUGAAGGGGGGCAAGAAGGUGAUGGUGAUGCAAAUGACAAUGCAGUGCUCCAGAGCAUACUGUUGGGUCUGUCGGGAAACAAUAGUAUCCAAGAACUGUGUCUGUCUGACUUUGUAUUCCCAUCGACUUGGGCCCCACAAGAAAUGGGAGAUGUGAUUCUUGAACCAACCAGUGUCCAAACCCUUGCGCUAAAUGGUCCUCAUUCUAUCGCAAACGAAAUGUUUCUACAGGGAUUCCUGCCUAUGUUACCCUCCCUCACGAAACUGAGCUCAAACAUGUGGUUCAGCAGUGCACAGGAGGCCACUCCAGAUUUGACCCCCGCAAUCCUUUCACUUUUGCAAGGCCAUCCCAGCCUGCAAAGUCUGAACGUCAUUGGUUUGAAGACUGCUCCAGUCAACGCUAGAGUCAUCUUUGAGGCGUUGAGGAACAAUGCUAUCUUGAAAUCUAUCAACAUUCGUGGUUGCCUGGCCAACCGAGCCAAUCAAGACCAUUUGGAAGCGGUUCUUCAGAAUGACAACCUGACUUUGGAGAUGGUUGGGCAAAAAUCGUUUGGUGUUGGAAAGCUUUCUGCUAGGUCGGCGACAAUUGACUACUUGCUGCUCUUGAACCAAUGGGGACGCCGUGGGGCAAGAGAUUUUGGCACAAGCAAGGAGGCCUUUGUACAGAUCUUGGACGAGGCAAAUAGUGCCCCAGAAACAAAAAAGCUUGGUAUUUUGUUCGGCUUGCUCAAGGAGAGACCAGAACUGUGGGCUCAUUGA